GACGAAUCCAUCCGCGGGCUCGCCUGAGCAGAAAGAUGGCGGCUGUCCCGACGGGUUCGGACCCUUAUCCACAGUGUAUAAAUUCAGUCUUACGUUUAGUACUUUAAGACUUUGUAAUUUGACGACUUUGUUUCUGUUUCGCGGACACAGGCACACAGCGCCGAUCCUCCCCGGCUUGACAGGAGGUGGUCUAAAUAAUCACAAGCAGAGUUGCUGAGACUUGGCUCCUAACUUUGCACUCUGAAGAUGGCUACAGGCGGGGCUUUGUUUGAUGACAGUGCUGAGGACCAAGACCUGGCCAACUGGGCCACCAGCAAUGGUGGAUUGGGACUGGAAGACAGACUUAACAACAUGGACUGGGGGACACAGCAGCAGAAGAAAGCCAACCGCUCCUCUGAGAAGAACAAGAAGAAGGUUGCUGAGGCGGCAGAGAGCCUUCUGACCAAUAGCAUCUCGCCAGAGUCCACACCGGGAGCUGGGCGACGCCAGCGAGCGCGCACCCCGCACUCAUAUGCCACCCAGAUGUCUGUUCCGGAACAAGCAGAACUGGAGAGGCUGCGGCAACGGAUCAACUUCACGGACCUGGACCAGAGGAGCAUCGGGAGCGAUUCUCAGGGCAGAGUCACGGCGGCAAACAACCAGAGGCAGCUGGCUGAGAACAAGAAGCCCUUCAACUUCCUGCCACUGUGUGUCAACACCAACAACAGCAAGCAGCCAACUUCAGCCACCCUGGCAACUGCCUCUGUGGGGAAAGACUCAUCCGUGCAGCGCAAAGACUCCUCUCGCCUGGAGCGAGGGUCACCCAUCUCUGACGGCAGGGGCGAAGCAGGGAUUGACAGCCGUCAGGUUGUGACCAAGCUGGUUCAGAUUCGGGACUGCAUCAGAAAGGCCAGCUCCAUGCGAGAUGACCUGGCAGAGAAAGCUGAUGUCCCAGCCAAUGUCGAGCACCUGUCUCAUCUCAUCGAUCACCUGAAGGAAGAAGAGAAGUCCUAUUUGAGAUUUCUGCAGAAAACAUUGGCCAGGGAGGAUGACCUUCGCGCCCUAGCAUCCCCAGGGGGGACCAGUUUAUUGGCAGACCUCACACCCUUGAACGCUGAGAGCGGACACUCCGCGGGCCGGGAUGUCCUCCGCAUGCUAGGAGCAAAGGAGGACCUGGAGAACCCCCGCAAGAAGCAGGACCUUCUGAAAAAGUAUCUAGAGCAGCAUGAGGAGCUGCGGGCCCUUAAGAGCCGGCAGACCGCUCUUAUGUCCAUCCAGAGCAACAUGCCGCAGAUGCCACCCCUGGACGACACGGUUGUGACUGAGACGACGGGUAGCGUGUCUGGCCUCAGCAUCACAUCAGAGCUGAAUGAUGAGUUGAAUGACCUUAUACAGCGUUUCCACAACCAGCUUCAUGACACACAGACAAAGACUGUUCCAGACAACCGGAGGCAAGCGGAGAGCCUGUCGCUUUCCAGGGAGGCAGCACGGGGAAGGCACACACUCGCCAGUGCCAAGCGUGCCACUCUGCAGCAACUCCAGGACAAGAAGGAGACCAUGGACAAGAUCCUGCAGGAACUGCACACGCUCCGAGACCAGACACUGAACAACAACCCUUGUCGAGGGGGCCCUAUUCUGUCUCAACGUAGCACAGACCAGAGAACCUCACUGUCUGGGGGACGCUCUAUGGGCUUCGGCCGGGAUGGCGGCAGUCAUGUGACCUCUGGAUUGGAGUCCAGUGGCUCCUAUGCUGAAGGCAACAUCAGUCCAGGCGCCAAACUCCGGAAGUACAGCUCUUGGCAUUACUGUGCAAGCAGGAAGCUGAAGGAGGUGCACACCCGCCUGAAUGAGCUGAGGGAGCUGGUGCAGUACUACGAACAGACGUCCGACAUGAUGGUGGAUGCCGUCAACGAGAACAUCCGUGAUGAGGAUGAGGAAGACAGCCAGGACGGCUCCAUCUUUGAGACCAUAUUUGAUUCGGAGCAUGACAACCACGAGCCAGUCACCAACAUAAGGUGUGCUGAUUUUCCACACAGCAGAAACCCACCUGGCAACUGGAUGGAUGUGAACAGCCUCACCAACGGUCGUGCCUCUAACAACCAUGAUGGGCGGCUGAACACUGACUGUGAGAUCAACAACCGCUCAGCAGCUAACCUGAGGAGCUUCAACAUCCCCUCUGUGAUAGAGUGCCAGUACAACCGGGACCGCCCCUUUGAGGAGGUGAAGGAUGGCAAUGAGGAGGAGGACGAGGAUGACGAAGCCCUGGGGGACGAGGACGACGAGGUCGCACGGCAUGGCGACAGUGAGGGCUCUGCUUCCAGUCGCAGGAGCAGCCUGGACGAGGAUGCAGAGUUUGCACAGAAGGUCCACCGGCUGCAGACCGCGAAGGAGAAGCUGCGACAUUUGCAGGAGCUGGUGACCAUGGUGCAGAGCGAUGACACUGAUGGCACCGUGGCCAAUGAGGACGAGGGGCCAAGUCAGCGGCCCAACAAUGCUCCCGAAUCUGUGAAAGUCUCUCCUCCCGAGGUAGCCAGGGAGGAGCUGUAUCAGGCACGGCUGCGGGAGCAACAGCAGGAGCUCAGGCGGCUGCAGGAGGAGCGGCUGAGGCUGAUGGAGAUUCAGGGGAAAAUCCAGGACCUGCAGUGGGCCUGUCCUGACCUGCAGUCAUCCGUGUCCAGCACGAGUGAUCAAGGCCCCAGGAAGGUCCCUGCUGCGGCCUCCACCCCGGCCGUGGGUCCGACCACCUCCUCAGCAGCCACUGCGACCCUGGAUUUACUGAAGCCCAAGACGGAUGCAUCCGCCCCAGACAAGGAGCUGUGGUCAGAGAUGCAGCGCCGCCGCUUCCAGAGAGAGGAGCUGAGGCAGCGCCGCAAGCAGCUCGAGUCCCUGAUGGCAGAGCACCAACGCCGCAGCGGCCUGGGCCGUGCCGGGCUCCCGCCGGAUGAGAGGACAAUGGCCACCUGGGGGGGAUCAACACCCAGUCAUCUCAAUGAGGAUGACGAAGGCUACCCCUCUGAGAUGGGAGAUGAGGAGGAGGAGGGAGACUACAGCUCCAAUGAGGACGUCUCGUACCCUGGUCGAAAGAGCAAGGCCUACAAUGGCAGAACAUCUAGAAACAGCGGCCCAAAAGCCUCCAAGCCUCCGCCUGUGCACAGCUCUGGCCAUCCGGCCUCUGGUUCUGGGUCGCAGCCCCGGCUCCAGCGGCAAGCCGGAGGCCCCGGGGGAACUCGGCGUCAGGAGAACCUGCGCUGGGCCUCGGAGUGCUCCUUCAAGGAGGGCCGCUCCCACUGGCAGGAGCAGGUGGGCCAGCUGAAGAAGCAACUGGACUUCAGCACCAGCAUGUGCCACACGCUCAUGCAGGACCAGCAGACACUGUCCUAUAUGCUGCAGAGCCUAAUCACCAGCCCUUACAACAUGUUGCCCGGCAACCUGGGCUCGCCGCAGGUGCACCUGCUCAUGCACCAGCUAAACCAGUGCUACACGCAGCUGGCAUGGCAACAGACCAACGUGCAGAGGCUUCGCCACGCCCUGGACGAGCUCCUCCGGCAACAGCAGCAGCCGCAGCCCUCCCAGCAACCCCAGCAAGGCACCCCAUCUGUGUCCGGGGGGCCCUUCCUGCCCUUCAGCCUCCUGAGCAUGCCUGGGCUGGCCCCCUUCUCUCCCCUGCCCUCCGGCUUUGGUUUCGACCCGACGUUCCCACCAGGGGGGCCCAGCUUCACGAAGACCCCUGUGCAGCAGGCUGGGGGCGAGCAGCAGCAGACGCCGGCUGACCACAACGCCUCCAACAAGACGGAUUACAUGGGCUUCUCGCAGGCCUUUGACAGGGCUUCUGCAAGUGUCAUGGACACCUGGACCCAGAAGGAUGGCGAGGGUGGCACCCCUAGCCAGAGGAGCGGCCAGCAGCCGCAUCCCCACGCGCCAAUGGCCCAUGGCUCCCUGGAAAGCCUCAGCAGCAUGCCUGACCCCAGCGACCCCACCACAGUCACCAAGACCUUCCGCUCAGGUGGCAAGGCCUCAGCCCAGGCCAGCCUGGCCUCCAGGGACAAAACUCCUGGCUCCAAGGGCAGGCGGCGCAGGGGCAAGGGACACACCAAGAUCAAGGGGCCGGACAGUGAUGCAGGCUCUAGUGGCAGUGAGCUCAGCCAGGGUUUGGCCUCGCACAGCAGGUCCAAGGAGCCCGAUCAGGACCUGCUGGACAGGUUGACUCGAAAGAAACUGGAUGGCAAAUCCAGUGAGCUCAAGGCCAACGAGAUCUCCUCAGCAUGUUCUUGGAGAGCAUCAGUCCACUCUAACAGCUUUGCAUGUGCUGAAGCUCAAGAUACCAGCAGCGAUCUCUCACUGUUCGAGGCACUACGGGAAACCAUCUAUUCAGAGGUGGCUGCUCUGAUAUCCCAGAACGAGUCCCGACCACACUAUCUCAUCGAGCUGUUCCAUGAGUUGCAGCAGCUCAGCACUGACUACCUGCGGCAGAGGGCGCUCUUCUCCAUACAGGACAUACUCAGGAGGCACCAGGCUGAAGGCAAGGCUGCGAAGGAGCGGAGCCUCUUCCAGGGCCCCGUGGACUGGGCUGCAACCUCCAACCUGGAGCUCACGCCCAGCGAAAGCCUGGCCACCAGUGACACGGAUGGCUCUGAAAAAAAUGGCGUCAAGCUGACUUUGAGCACAAAGCGGAAUGACGCCGAGUCUUUGGAUAAUGAGAGUAACCAGUCAACCCCCUCCAACCACUUUGCCAAGAAUGAUUUAGGCACCACGGUGAUCCACCUGGACAAGGCGCUGGCCCGGAUGAAAGUGCAGGACCACUCACAGCAGCAGGCCGAGGGUCCCACGGCCAUGCUAACGGAAGGUGCUUCCGAGAGCCCUGACAUCCACUGUCCCCACAUUGACACCCAGCAACUGGACAGGCAGAUCAAGGCCAUCAUGACGGAGGUCAUACCCUUUCUGAAGGAGCACAUGGAUGAGCUGUGCUCCCCCCAGCUGCUCUCCUCAGUCAGGCGAAUGGUGUUGGAGCUGACCCAGCACAAUGACGACAGCAAGGAGUUUGUGCGCUUCUUCCACCGCCAGCUAGGGGGCAUACUACAGGACUCCCUAAGAAAGUUUGCUGGACAGACGCUAAAGGAGUGUGGCGAGGACCUGCUGGUGGAGAUUUCAGAGAUCCUGUUCAAUGAGCUGGCCUUCUUCCGCCUCAUGCAGGACCUCGACGCCAGCAGCCGCCUGGGAGGGAAGCAGAAGGCCAGGAUGAAAGCCCAGGCCACAGCCAGGAAAUGCCCGCAGGCGGAGGAAGCCAAGCCCCAGGAAGCAGAUGAGCCCCACUCACCUGCCAGUCAUGAUGAAGACAAAGACCAAGAUGACACUGAGAGGGAGGGGCCAGCCAACAACCCCCAACCAAAUGAGUGUGGAGGGAGCGCAGGAGCCUCAGACAGGGAGGAGGAAGACGAGGAUGAGGAUGGCACUGGACUGCCCCUCUCCAUAAGUCUGUCAAAGGCAGAGACCCAGCCCCUAACUAACUAUGGCAGUGGAGAAGAUGAGGGUGAAGAGGAGGAGCUGGAGGAGUUUGAGACGGGGCCUGUCGACGUGCAGACAUCUCUGCAGGCCAGCCACGAGGUGUCAUGUGGCCAAGAGCAGGGAGCAAAUGACGUCCCAGAGAACAGCAGCCAGGAAAAAUUGGAUGAGAGCAUUUGCAGUGAUGCUGUAAAAAGGUCCGAGUCCAUAGAGCUGACUACAGUCUCUCCAGUGAUGGAAGAGAAGCAGGAUGGGGGUGCCUCCCAGGUGGGCGGUGAGGGGGCCUCUGUGGCCGGCAGCGCCCCGGCCGCCUUGGGGGGGACGUCACCCUGGAGCUCGCCCACCUGCAGCCCAGACACAGACUCUCCUGUCAUCAUUAAUGAGCAUGAAGUUGGGUCUGGAAAUUUAAGCCAGAAGUCAGAUGAAGAUGACUUUGUCAAAGUGGAAGAUCUUCCCCUGCAGCUGUCAGUCAUGUGCAAGGAGGAGCUUCAGAAAAGAAUAGCUGAGGAACAGCUAAACAACAACCUGUCAGCAGAAAUCCUCAGUACAGCUGUUGGGGAAACCGUUCUUGUUGGAAACUCUCAAGCACUAAAAGAGCCAGAGACCGUCGGCGCUCAGAGUGCGUGAAGCCUCGGCUCCCCGGACUGACGUUGGCAACAGCUGGAUCUCCAGCUUACUUCUCUGGGGUGAACAUCAGCCCUGGAGGGCCAGGGUCCAAUAUGUGGCUCGAAUAUUGAAGGUUGGCUUUGUUUUUACUUGCUACGGUUCAUAAUAGUCUUUGCCGCCUUAGUUUAAGAGGCCGUCUACAAGCAGCUCGUGGCAUUUUCAAUUCCAAGGUUUAUUUAGAGCGUUUUCAUGGUUACCUACGGUUCUGAGGUCUUCCUGCUCUCGUUUGCUGCUCUGGCACGAUACCCACAGCAGUGUGAAGGUGUUUUAUUCGUGCAGUUAAAUUAACAUUUUUAGAUGCAUUCCCCCCCCCUCCCCCCUUUUCCUGGGGUUGUCUGUCAUUUCUCUUGAAUGUACUGCUUUCAACAUGUAGAAUCAUUUUGAUGGACUGAAACCCUUUGUUCCCUUUUUUUUGAAAUUAAAAUGUUUGACGGUUUUAAAAAUG